AUGCAGAUCUUCGUCAAGACGCUGACCGGAAAAACCAUCACACUGGAGGUAGAACCCUCGGACACGAUAGAGAACGUGAAGAGCAAGAUUCAGGACAAGGAGGGUAUCCCACCAGACCAGCAGCGUCUUAUCUUCGCCGGCAAGCAGCUGGAGGACGGUCGCACGCUGAGCGACUACAACAUUCAGAAGGAGAGCACACUCCACCUUGUUCUCCGCCUCCGCGGUGGUUACAUCAGGGUGGUCGUAGAAGACGGAGAGGGUGCAGUGUCCACUGGGUACGCUUCGUAUCCGACAACGACGACAAUGGGGUCGUCUGCUGAGACGGCGGAAGCGGUCUCGACGUCAGAGCUGAGCAAGUCAAGUUGCCCACGAUGUGCAGCCUACGCCUCUAUCAAUGGGAGCUGA